AUAAAUUCCUCUUCACUUUUGCUAACUCGUAGCAUUACAACAUAUCCAAAGGGCAUCUAAAUCUAUCAUUCUGCCAGUGACAAGCUCUCCUCCUGAGUUGAGGCCAAUACGUGCAAUAAGUGUAAUAGCAAUCACUCAAAAGCCUGCACCAACCAACUCGGCUUCUUCUAAAAAACGAGUAACGCAGCUGGAGGAAGUAAAAAAAAUCGGAACGAUUGUAAAUUUGAAUUUAGAGUUAUUUACGUGUAAAAAUAGUCAUUCUGUAGUUGUGCAACUGUCGAAUAAUUAAUAAGUUGUAUACAAUAUUUCAAAGAAAGCAUAUCUACCGGAUGGGAAAAAGAAUUAUGAAGCUUAGCCCAGUCAAAGGCGAAGGAAACGCUGUUGUUGAAGGUUUUGAAAUCGUCCAUCCUUCGCAAACACUUGGCAUAGACUUACCAGCAGGUGAUACGGCCGCAGCACCCUCAAUAUCGUUCACUUGUAGAACUUGUCAUAAAAUAUUUCCCACCAAGACGAAACUCAACGGUCAUACUCGCGUCCACGAGAAGAGAAGUACAUGUGAAGAUUGUGGAAAAGAAUUUUCGGGACCAUCUCCCCUUAAAUAUCACCGUUGGGUUCAUAUAGGGAGAGGAGUUAGAAACUUUGCUUGCGAAUAUCCAGAAUGUGGGAAAAAAUUUAAAAGCACCCAAGACUUGCGAAGGCACAAUCUCGUACACAGUGGGACCAGACCACAUCAGUGUGAUCGAUGUGACCGUGCAUUUAAUUUGGAGUGGGUCUUGAGAGAACACAAGAAAAUCCAUGACGGGAUUAGACCUUACAAAUGUAAUGAGCAAAAUUGUGGCAAGUCAUUUUAUUCAUGCAAAGAUCUCAAGAGGCACGCUAUCAUCCAUGGCACUGAGACACCCUUCAAGUGUGAGAGAGGUGAGUGCCUCAAAGAUAAUAGAGGCUUCCGAAGAAAGGACAACUUUCUCCGACAUCUCAUCGCAGUUCACAAUUUACCAAAGAAUGAGGCAAAAAUUAUUUCCGAAGAGGCAGAAUUUACACGUUCAAUAUUACGAAAUGAAAAUAGAAUGGAUGUUUCCCAAUCAUUACCGUCAUUGCUGAUUAAAAUUGAGCAGGAUAAUAACAGCGUAGAGUCUGGUGCGAGUUCUGAAAGUACGGGAUGCAUGUUAUUUGAGUUACUCAGUGCCAAGCAGGAAAAUGAUUUUGAGGCAACAAUGGCUAGUACCAAGAUUCUAACAUCAAUCUUCAAAAACCUCAGCAUUCCGGAAUUGAAAUCUAUCUCUGGUGUUUGCCAUCUCUGGAGGAACAUUGCUACCAAAGUUAUGAAUGCAAAUGCUAAAAAUCCCGGAUCGUCCAAAGAAACACCUUUAUUCCAACAGAAACUGAGUCAUCCAGAAGUACAAGAUAAGAGCAAUAUAGUGAAAAUCGAAAAGCUGAUGCGAAGGGUAAAACAUGCAACAAAAGGCAAUUCAAAUGUCGUAGCUGGAAAUGAACUUGUAUCAUGUAAUUUUAAAAACAUGGCUUGCAAAGAUUCUAUCUCUGAAGUUCCCAUGAAUAAAGUUCUGCAGACUACAAGGCCCCCAACGCUACGUUUCCUCACUACUACUUCCCCAUCAUCAACACCACGACAGUCAGUUGUACGGAUGACGGCUCGGAAGAACAGUACUUCUGCCACUAUUUCCCGUUGCUCGGCCUCUUUUAGCCAUGUCUGCAGUGGAGGCGCUUCUCUGGAUGUCUUAGCCGAGGUGGCUUUGCGGCAAGGGGAAAUGAAACCAGUUUCAGAACAAACAGUGAUACAAACUAUUCCUACUAAAAGGGGACGGUAUGACAUUGAAAGCUCAUCAGACCUCAUUCUUCCCAAGACUCCUCAAAUUAUGUCCAUCUCAACAGCAGAUCUCACCACCACAACUAUCUCAGAUCAAAAGUCAAAAUCCUUUCAAAAUGCAGUAGUUUUUAUUGGAAAUCGUCGCGUCGGUAAAAGUCACGUAUGCAAUCAGAUUUUUCAGCAUUACAAAUCUUCCACACGAUUCCCAGUCUCAUGCGGUUGGGAACAAGACGAAGAAUCUCAUCCACUCGUUGCAACACUUGCCAUGGAGGGAUUAAAUUACACAAUAAUUGACACGCCUGGUUUCUCUACUGAAUCCCUAGGACCUAAUCUGUGCUCAAUUUUAAAAGUAAUUGAGCUUUGCGAGAAUGUGAAAACUAUAGUAUACGUAUUUACGGACAGCUUUAAUUCUUCUAACCUACAUCUGUUGAAAAGCUUAUACGAACUUGUCGGUCAAGAAAACGUACUACUCAUGAUGAACAAACUAAAUAAAGCCGAGCUUAACCAAUUACCACAAAUAAGAUCCAGUAUUUGCAAGCAACUACAAAUCCAGUGUGUUCCCCUGGAGCAAGACAAAUUUUUCGUGACGGGACUGAUGGGAGUUUUAUUUCGAGAGCCCGACUCUCCCUUGGAUAAUACUGGAUGCCUUUCCCAAUUUCACAACUAUUUGGGUAUGAAGGGGUCAUUUCCUUUAAAAAACUUGAAGAUGCCAGAAACAUGUUUCGAUAAAGAGUCGUCAAUAGUUCGCAGUAAGCCGUAUGAAAUGGUAGUGAAUCCAGAUUUGAAAGAUAACAUUAUGGUGCUUAGAUUUUUGGAGGUGCAGAAUAAGAAAUAUACAACUACACCAGGGACAAUGUGUAAUAAUAAUAAUCGUAGUGACGGAAAUGUUACUGAAAGCAAUAAUAAUAUAAUGAAUUCUGGAGUUCCACAUGUCAGACACUUUAUAGAAUUUGCAACUUUUUUUAACGAGUAUCAAGUCAGAUACGAUGGAAAUUUAGAGUUGCUUGGUAAACCGAAAGAAGUUCCUGGUAGCAGACGACAAAUUCCAAUUGAAAUAGACUCUGUAACAAAAUGAUCACUUUGUUAAUUGUUUGUUGCUAUUAUUGGAUAUGUAUUUAUUUCUUGCGUUCACCACUUGUGUCUUACAUAUUCUACUCCACACGA